GACCUCAAUGGAGCUGAGAAGGCGAGGGCGUGGCGAUGGCGCUUCCCAGGCGGCCGACAGCGAUUCUAGGGCGGAAAUGGAGCCCCAGCGCCGCGCUUGGCCAUACAUGGCGCUUCUCGCGCUCCAAUACGGCAUCCAGCCUAUCAUCUCCAAGCGCUAUAGCGGGAAGGAAGUGAUCAUCUCCACGACGGUGCUUGGAUGUGAGAUUGCAAAGACUGUGUUUGCGCUCGUAUUUAUGUUUCUCGAUGGAAGUAUUUGGAAACUUCACAAGGAAUGGAACGCUAUUGACGCAUUGACAGCGUCAGCCCUUCCAGCAGGAAUUUAUGCUGUGCAAAACACUCUCUUGCAGCUCUCGUAUCGUCACCUCGAUUCGCUUACGUUUUCCUUGCUCAACCAAACAAAACUUCUUUUUACAGCAGUGUUCAUGUUCUUUCUACUCGGGAUUACGCAGACAAAACAGCAAAUUGGUGCUUUGCUCUUGCUAGUCUCGGCCGCUGUUCUGCUUAGUCUUGGUCAGAAAAGCUCCAAAAGCUCCGGUGAUGUCGAUCCGGAGUCGACUUUAAUACUUGGAGUAAUUCCGAUCCUAGUUGCUUCAAUGCUCUCCGGGUUGGCAUCGACACUUUGCCAAUGGGCCGCCCAGGUGAAGCGUAGAAGCACGUACUUGAUGACUGUUGAGAUGUCAACUUUCGGAAGUCUGUUUCUCGUCGCAAGCUUGCUCAAGUCGCCCGACGGAGAAGCGAUCCGGCGGCGUGGUUACUUUUCCGGAUGGACCACGCUCACCCUUCUCCCACUCUUUACAAAUGCAUUUGGUGGGAUCUUAGUUGGCUUAGUGACAACAUAUGCUGGUGGGGUUCGAAAGGGCUUUGUUAUAGUGUCUGCUCUGGUGGUCACGGCGCUCUUGCAAUUUGCUCUCGAGGACAUUCCGCCCUCCAUCUACGUGCUAGUGGCGAUGCCAAUGGUCAUCUCUAGCGCGGUCAUAUAUCAGCGAUACUCUGGUGUCUCCAAAAAGAAGAAAGCGUCCUAGUUUUCCUUUGGGCCGAAGCUCAUUGUUAAAUGGGGCCCUGUGUAUUCCUUCCCUCUGGCUAGGGAGGGAAUCACACUUUUGCAGCUAGUCUUUUUUAUAUUUCUCCUCCUCUUUGCGGUGGAGUGACGGAAGCAGAGUUGACUCCUUUAAAACGGGCCCGUGACGCAAGUUACGCUUUGAUGCAUCGACUUCUAGAAAGCUACAGAUUCUGCGGGAGUUUUUUCCCGAAUAUAUCAAAGCAGCUCGCCACCCUGUGCCGCAAACAGCGCGAAGCGACUUGUCACCUACUUGGUCCAGGGAGAGAGAUGUGUUGCUGCUGCUGCUGCUGUUGCUGUUCGCGAGAAAGAUGAAGUCGAAAAGGAAAAGGGGCGGCUUACUUGGCGACGCUUGGAGCGUGAAAG